AAUUGGGUUAAUAAAAUAAAGUAAACAAAAUUUGAGCUUUCGGUCACAAUUUUUAUCAAUCUGCAUAUUAUUCUGAAGAAGAUUUGCACAUAUUUAUAAGUGUUACAUUAACAAUAACUGUUCAGUCCGGUAAACAGCAAACUUAUUGUGUGUAUGAAUUACAAAAGGAGUAAUAUUUUUCACAGUGAUUAAAAUGUUGAAGGUGUUAAUACUUCUUUUAUUUUUGUUCAUUUGUAACGAAGGUCGAGUAGUUACCUUUCGGAAAAUACCACUGCGUCCGUUUCGACAUAUUUACAUUUUCCACCGCAAUCCUAACAGAAGCUUUAAUCCAAUUCUGUCUAAAAAUAAUACAUCUACUACUCAAGCUAUUCACACAACAACUGAAGAGACAACAAAAAAUGUUAAUGUGGAUGAAAAAUACACAACGCCUUUAAAACUGGCCACUUCAGAUAGUAGACAAACAAGUGAACCAUCCGGUGCGGUUUCUACGAGUAUUAUUUCUACAACACCAGAGUUGAGUACUUCUAUACUGUAUACUCAUAGUGUUACUCCUACUAGUGAAAGUACACCCGCUAGUGUUUUAGAUGAAUUAUCUAGUACAUAUUCUCAAAGUACUACUACUGUACCAACACAAACUGUCACCUCUGAACUAUCUACCAUUCAUGAAACUACUCGGAGUAGUACUCAAAACACUAUUACUGUACCAACACAUACUGUCACCUCUGAACUAUCUACCAUUCAUGAAACUACUCGUAGUAGUACUCAAAAUACUAUUACUGUACCAACACAUACUGUCACGUCUGAACUAUCUACCAUUCAUGAAACUACUCGUAGUAGUCCCGGAAAAACAACCAGAAGCAUUUUAGCAUCAACAACAAGUACAGCUAAUUCAGAUUCUUCUUGGUUUUCAACUACUACAAUGAUCACUACAUCUAGUUCAGUAAAAACAACAAGUACUGAAUUAAUUAUUGACAGCAAUACAGACUCAACCUCUCCAAGUGAAAAAACUGUUCCUUCAAAUGUACCACCAACAUAUACAAUAUCAUCUAGUGAACCUACUUACGAAGAACAAUCUGGUGAUGGUAGUGGCGAUGAUGAAGAUUAUGAUGAAAAAUCAACAACUGUCACUGUUUUGCAAACCACUGUUGAGGAAUAUGGUAGUGCUAGUGGUGACGGCGAAGACAUGGAUACAACAACAUCAAGUGAAAAAUAUAGGACCAGUACUGUAAAGAGAGAUUCCAUUACAACAACUGGAAAACAUAGUAGUACCAUUAUUGUCGCUGGUACUACCCCUGCAACAAAUGAAGAAAGCAGUAGCGGUGAAGGUAGCGGCGAUGAUAAUUUCAGUGGAGAUGGUAUUGAAAACCCUGUUAACACAGAAGACCACUCUAUACCUAAGAAAAUUCCUACAGAUAUUGAUAUUACCGAGGACGACUUCACUUUUGAGGCAAUGGAGGAUUCGUUCGCUAUUCAAGAACAAAAGGCCGCUAAUCCAAAGUUUCUUGAAACGUUUUCCGCAUCCUCUUCGCCUUCAGAAAAAGAUAAUGGAGUAGAUUUUAUUCCAGAAGUUAUAAACCUUGACAACAAGAAACGGGUGGCGCAUCCGAUUAUAUUUAUAAACAAAUCUUGGACUCCAGCAACAAAUUUGCCAACACAAUUGAAAACCAAUGACCAUUUCUCUUCAGAUCUUUUAAAUUCUGAUUCAUGGAAAGAAAUAGUCGCUGCUUCUGAAAUAAUAAGCAGAAAUAGUAGUAGUGAUAAUGACAAUGAUAUAACAACAAAUUCAGUUGUAAUAGAAGAAAUUAGCACAGAAAAUACUAAUGAAGCAACGGACGUCUACAUUACAGAAUAUAUAUUGACAAAACCAAACAGCACUAAAGAACAUAGUUAUGAUAUUGAUAGCUACCUUGAUAAUGACAUUGAUAAGGACAAUUCUGCUAAUGAAGCAAGUUACGAACAUUUUGUAACAGUAACGGAUGUUGCACCUAAUUUGGAAAAUAAAUCCGAGAACAAAAUAAACCUGCUUAUGGAAAUGAUCACCAAAUACAGUUCAAAAAUACCUACUGUUUUUGCCACGUCAACAUCUUUUCCAGAUACAAAUACUACUAAAUUGGCACAAGAUUUGUACAACGAAAACAAGGUUACUGAAAAAACUUCGCUCUUUGACAAACAUGAUGAUAAAAAACCUUACAGUGUUAUUGCAGAACAGAUUUUGAAACUUGAACAUGGUAACCUUGAUGAAGACUACUAUAUUAUUGUUGAUGGUUAUGACUACGCCCCAGAAUCAUUAAACAAAAGUGAAGCCGGUCAUGAUAAAAUUGAAAGAACUAAAAAUCUUAAUGACUCAACUGAAUAUGUAACUGGAAACGAUUUCGAAAACAGAAAAAAUAAUACGAUUCGCAAAUGAAAUAAUAACUGGAAAAGAGAUAAGUGUAAGAUCUAUUAGCAAAAAUAAAAUAUAUUUCAAAGCA